AUGGAUGAUAACAACGUCUUAAAUAACUUUUUGCUAAUAAACCUUGGGUUCUCUCUUCUCGUGGAUUUGCUGAUUGAACACAAGGCUACGCUUCUAACAGUCAGGCAUCUUUUGACGGAGAAUGAUUUUAGGGCUUCAAAGAACGAAAGACAUGCGGUGGAGUGGGCGCUUGAGAUUGUGAUGCGGUAA